GUCAAAGUAACACCUCUAUAUAAAUCCCACACGUUCCAAAAACACAUUUCUUUACCAGCAUAAACACAUGAUCCCAUAAAAAUGGAAGAACAAAAAUCCUUAGAGGCCAUAAUCAUGUCAUCUCUUUCUACCUUAACCCCUCUUCAACUAUCAAAACUCACCCACCACUUCUCCUCCGUCUACCACCGGUACCACCAUCGUAUUUUAUCUCUCCUCUCUUCUCCCACCCUCUUCUCCCUUACCCUCCACCACCUCAACUCCCUUUCUCUCCACCAUAAAUCCCUCCUCAUCGGCCGCCACCUCUUGUCAAAACUCGCGAUUUUGACGUACUUCAUGCAGAAAAACACAAUCCUACCACCACGUUCCACCACCUCCAUGAAUCUUCGGGACGUGGACGCAGUUCUCCUACUACUCCUCCUAUGCAACUUGCGCCAACACGAACCAGGGGCGCUGGAUGCCCCUCCAUCGUGUUGGCGCGAUAUCCUUCGUGACUAUAUGGCUAAGGACAUUUUGAAACUAUCUAACAUUGAAGGUUCUAGUAGUGAAGUGAUACUCAAGUUCAUUGAGCUAGUUGCAAAGUGCAAGGAUUUUGUCAAUGCCAUGGCCUAUGAUGGUGGUGACCAGGGGUACAGCUACGGUGAAGGAAAAGAAGGGAAGAAAUUGGCAGCAUCCGUUGCGGUGGUGGUGGCACUACCGUCAGUGGAAGCAAGUGGCGGCGAAAAUGAGUGUGUUGUAUGCAAAGAAGACAUGAAAUUAGGCAGAGAUAUUUGCAAAUUACCAUGUGACCAUCUUUUUCAUUGGAAAUGUAUAUUGCCUUGGUUGAAGAAGACCAACACUUGUCCAUGUUGCCGGUUUCAGUUGCCGUCCGAUGAUGUUUUCGCCGAGACCCAACGGUUGUGGGACGUUCUGGCUAAGAUGAGUGGUGCCACGUAGAUAGUUAACUGCAGCCAGAAAAUUAUGUUAGUGGAUUAAAUUCUACUAGCAAUCAUUUUCAGCCUAUCUAAUCUAUCCAAAAAAUAUCUGUACAGAGACACAGUUAAUAGUUCCAAGUGGAGGGCAAAUGCAUCAAUCAUGAGUUAUGGGACCCACCGGACGAAUUAGGAGCACAACAGGUUCAUCCGAAUUCUCAAUAGCUGAAAAAUUAUAAUGUACAUAUAAAGUUAAAGUUCUAUUUUUAUGUAAUUUUAAUAUUUUUUGUUAAAUAUCUUAAAUUCUCACUGUAUGUACUUUAGUGAUGAUUUCAGAAUGUAUAAACUUUAAAUCUAUGGAAGUUAAUAAAAUAAUUGGUUCUA